UGGUGAGAUCAGAUGUCUCCUUAAUUAUUAGUGAGCUCUGUAUAUCUGAUGAAACUGUGUCGCUCUUUGAACUCUUAUUGAUAGUCAAAAUGCUGUCUGACCAGGGCUGCUGCAGGGGCUUCUCCGUAGUUUGUUAAAAUCUGCAUCAGAUGUGACACAUCUGAGUACCCAUCUUUGAAGACGUUUCUCCUCAUUUUACAGGUCAAGGAAAUUUCCUGCAGACAUGGGGCUGUUGUCCUGCAUGAAAUAUAUGAUGUUUGCUGUUAAUGCACUUAUUUUUGCUGGAGGGGUUUGCUUGCUAGCUGUUGGCAUCUGGGUAGUGACUGAUCCUGAUGGCUUUCAGAACAUUAUAACAUCGAGUCCACUGCUGUACACUGGAGCAUAUAUCAUCCUGGUGGUGGGACUGGCACUGUCUCUCCUCGGGUUUCUUGGGUGCUGGGGAGCAGUUAUGAAAAACAAACCCGUACUAAUGAUUUUCUUUCUCCUGGUUCUAAUCCUCUUUAUCCUGGAACUGGUGGCAGCUAUCCUUGCUCUAGCGUUUGGCAAACAGGUCAAACAUGAAUUAUUUCUGUCUGAUCUACAGAAGAGGUACCUUGGAGACAAUACAACUGACAUGUUUUCAAAGACUUGGAACACUGUUAUGAUUGUUUUCACUUGCUGUGGAGUUUUAGGCCCAGGUGACUUUGGAAACCAUUCUACCUUCCAUGAACAGCAUCCCUAUGCAUUGGUGCCAGAUGCAUGUUGCAAGAGAGACACUUCUAUUGCUGUGGACAAAAUUCUAGACAGAGAUCAAUGCAUGCAAGGGAAAACUGACUACCUAAACUAUAAGGGUUGCUUUGAAGCAAUUGCCAAGACUCUCCAAAGGAACAUAAAACUUACUGGUGCCUUUAGCUUGGGAAUCCUUGUGGUUGAGAUGUUUGCCAUGUUUUUUUCCAUUUGUCUUUUCCAUAACUUUGACUAACAACUCGAAGUUGGCGGAGGCUGUAAAGAGAUGAUUAUCAGAUAGCACAACACUUACAAUGGGAAGGCAACCUAGGAACAACAAGCGCCAUGCACUAUAAAAGUAAUAAUAUUUAUAGAAUAUGCUUCACCAUGCACAGAAACGGACAAAAUCAAUUAUGUGGCUGAAUCAAAACAGUACUGGCCUUCACUACAGGAUAUUUCAAAGGGUUUGGUAUGACUUUACUCCUUGAAGAUUUCAGUCUGCCACUGCAACAAUAACUUUGGUUCUAUACUGUUUGAUAAAUGCCAUCUGUCAAAAUGAAGUCAGAACUAUAAAUAAAUCAUUCCGUUUUAACAGUUCAGACAAUUAACAUGUCUCCACAGUGAAUAUUUUACUUGAAUGCUCUUACUGAUAGAAAGAAAUUUCAAAAUCUUUCACUCAGAAAUAUUAACAAUCAAACAUUGCUCCAGCUUAUAAAACUGCUUCCAGGAUGGGGGAAUGUCUACAUUAAAUGCAUAUUAAAUAGGUGUUUACUUUUUGCAUAUACAGACAUGCAGACAAAACAAACAUACACUCUUUACCCAUAUACUUUGACAACAAAGCUGAUUAAUGAUUGUCACACUGUCACAAAAAUAUUUAUUUUGUGUUGACUGAUUAUGCUGUGCUUGUGAGCACAUGCACAGUUCUGAGCACAGUCUCUGGGACCCAGACAAUGAAGCAAAUCUAAAAUGAUCAAAAGCAAGCAAUAUUAAAAUUAUUUUUUUAGGGGCAAGCCCUCUGCACCCCCCCA